AAAACUCUAAACUCCAACAUUGAGCCAACGAAAAUCGUUCAAGAACCACUAGUUCAAGAACAAAAAUCUUCAAAAAAAAAAAAAACUUGUCAAAAAAUGGGUGCUAACUACUCAACAACUUGGCCUGAAGCUCAUAAUAUGCCAAUAACACCACCAAUAAAGAGAUCUCAAGUCAUUGCUUUCCACUCUUCAACAAAAUGGAAGCUCCAUUUUGGUUCUUUGAAAAAUACAAACAAAUUGGUUGUUAUUGACUUCACAGCUACAUGGUGUAGUCCUUGCAAAUAUAUGGAACCAGUUCUUAAUGACUUUGCAGCUAAAUAUGCAGAUGUUGAGUUUGUCAAGAUUGAUGUUGAUGAAUUAGCUGAUGUAGCUCAGGAAUAUGAGGUUCAAGCGAUGCCAUCAUUCGUGCUAAUAAGGAAGGGGAAAGUUGUCGACAAGGUUGUGGGAGCAGAUAAGGAUGGACUACAGAAGAAGAUUGAGAAACACAGAGCUCAUAAUAUGCCAACCACACCACAAAUCAAGGGGUCUCAAGUCAUGGCUUUCCACUCUUCAACAAAAUGGAAACUCCAUUUUGAUGCUUUGAAGGAUACAAAUAAACUGGUUGUUAUUGACUUCACAGCUACAUGGUGUGGUCCUUGCAAAUACAUGGAACCAGUUAUCAAUGACUUUGCUGCCAAAUAUACAGAUGUUGAGUUUGUCAAGAUUGAUGUUGAUGAAUUAGCUUUAUGGAUGAAUUGUAAACAGGAUGUAGCUCAGGAGUAUGAGGUUCAAGCAAUGCCAACGUUUGUGCUGAUAAAGAAAGGCAAGGUAGUUGACAAGAUUGUCGGAGCAGAUAAGGAUGGGCUACAGAAAAAGAUUCAGAAACACAGAGCUAUCUUCAUCUGAGAAAACCAAAAGCACAUAUGUUUUUACUGGAAUGAUAGUCUCUGUGUAGAAUAAAAUUCAUAUCUUUAUCACUAAGAACUAGCUAUGUACUCAUCUCCGGUUCUUCCUCACUUCUGAUUGUAAAAUUCAAAGAGGAUGAUUUAAGGACUAAUCUUGGUAUAUUGAUUUGAACAAGUAAAAGUCUUUCUGGUUUCACUGUU